CUGCAAAUGUCCAUGCAAAGGAUCUUUAUAGGACUGCCAGGAAGACACAAAGCGCACUUGGUACUAUAAAGCAAUCGCAAAAAUAGAAUGGUUCGCCCAAUAACUACAGACAGCAACUUACUAAUACAAUCAAUGUACACGUUACGACAUCCAAAAUGAAGUAUUCAUAUAUAGUUCGAAUAUAUAUAUACCUCAGUGUACAAUAGAUAUGUAAGCUACAUAAAGAACCCAAUUACUACAGUUAUAAGCGUAGUCGCUUUUAGCGCUAUAGAGAAUCAAUUUCUAGAAAAAAGCCGAUUAAAAAUUGGUCGGUCAUACAUAAAAUGUCUCUCUACAUCCACUCAGUAUGUCGGAGUACGUUUAGUGAGCAAUUGUUGUCGGGAAAUUUUGGAAUUUGCAACUUGCAACGACUUCGUACAGAGCUAAAACAUCAGCUAAAUGCAAGAAAUAUGUCAUCAAAAAAAAAAUUUAAGCAAUAAAGAAAAACAAAAAAUGUUGCAAAUACUGGAGUAAAUCGUAAUAAAAGACGGGGAAAGAAGGUGAUAGAGAGAAAGUAAGAAGAGAGGAAAUCGUUAACGAGAAACGGCGAAUAGGGAAAGGGAGUGAAUGAAAAAGCAGCAAAAAGGCUUUGUGGAAGCAGCUUAAGCAUCUGAAGACCAAGCAAUUAACGUUCUUACUCUACAUAAGAAAACCUUUGCUAUUAAUAUAGCCAUUUUACCUGUUCGGCGCGCUUAAUAACUGCAAAAAACAUUCCCCCACAUAGUAUGGCCUCGGUCGCCGCUUGGCUGCCAUUUGCACGGGCGGCGGCCAUUGGUUGGGUACCAAUUGCAACUCAUCCCCUGCCACCUGCACCCAUACCUAAAGAUCGUCGCAAAACAGACGAUGAAAAAUUACUGAUCAAUGUCUCUGGCAGACGUUUUGAAACAUGGCGCAAUACUCUGGAAAAGUAUCCGGAUACUCUAUUGGGUUCCAAUGAACGUGAAUUUUUUUAUGAUGAAGAUUGUAAAGAGUAUUUUUUCGAUCGAGAUCCCGAUAUAUUUCGUCAUAUAUUGAAUUAUUACCGUACCGGAAAAUUGCAUUAUCCCAAACAUGAAUGCCUGACUAGUUAUGAUGAGGAAUUAGCAUUUUUUGGUAUUAUGCCCGAUGUUAUUGGCGAUUGUUGUUAUGAAGACUAUCGGGAUCGCAAACGUGAAAAUGCUGAACGUUUAAUGGACGACAAACUGUCAGAGAACGGCGAUCAGAAUUUGCAGCAAUUAACCAAUAUAAGGCAAAAAAUGUGGCGCGCCUUUGAGAAUCCGCACACAUCGACUGCUGCUUUGGUGUUCUAUUAUGUCACCGGUUUCUUUAUUGCUGUCUCUGUGAUGGCUAAUGUAGUGGAAACGGUGCCUUGUGGCCAUCGACCUGGUCGUGCUGGCACACUGCCCUGUGGCGAACGCUACAAAAUUGUAUUCUUCUGUUUAGAUACCGCCUGCGUUAUGAUUUUUACCGCCGAGUAUCUGUUGCGUUUGUUUGCCGCACCGGAUCGUUGUAAAUUUGUGCGUAGUGUUAUGAGUAUUAUUGAUGUGGUGGCUAUAUUACCCUAUUAUAUUGGUUUGGGUAUUACUGACAACGACGACGUGAGCGGCGCGUUUGUAACACUGCGCGUCUUCCGCGUAUUUCGUAUCUUCAAAUUUUCUCGCCAUUCGCAAGGUCUACGAAUCUUGGGUUACACGCUAAAAUCCUGUGCUUCCGAAUUGGGUUUUCUCGUCUUUUCGUUGGCUAUGGCUAUCAUCAUAUUUGCCACGGUCAUGUUUUAUGCGGAAAAAAAUGUAAACGGUACAAAUUUCACCUCUAUACCGGCAGCGUUUUGGUACACAAUUGUCACAAUGACAACAUUAGGUUACGGUGAUAUGGUUCCGGAGACAAUAGCUGGCAAAAUUGUUGGCGGCGUUUGUUCACUAAGUGGUGUCCUUGUGAUCGCCUUACCGGUACCUGUUAUUGUAUCCAACUUCAGUAGGAUCUAUCAUCAAAAUCAACGAGCUGAUAAACGAAAAGCCCAAAGAAAAGCCCGUUUGGCACGUAUACGCAUUGCCAAGGCAUCAUCGGGUGCUGCUUUUGUUAGUAAAAAGAAGGCUGCUGAGGCCAGAUGGGCUGCCCAGGAAUCUGGAAUUGAAUUGGAUGAUAAUUAUCGUGACGAAGAUAUCUUUGAACUACAACAUCAUCAUUUGCUAAGAUGUCUGGAAAAGACUACGGACUUUAAGGAUCGCGAAUUUGUUGAAUUGGAAAUACCAUUUAACGGUCAACCGAAACGGCCACGUUCGCCUUCACCUAUGGCCAGUCCAGCUCAUUCGACCAACAGUGCCAUUGGUUUGGUACAAUCAUGUUGUGGUCGCUGUUGUUCGCAACGCUAUCAGGCUUGCGGAAAAUAUAUGCCCGCUACUAGUAAUGCUCAGAAUAGUCAAAAUAAUCAACCCAUGGACGGAACUUAUUUGGUGGAAGCUUCAUUUUAAAGCGGCAACCAAAGUAACAAGGAAUUAAUUACGAAAACUUACUUUAAUUUAAACAUGUAGAGUAGAAAAACUGUGAAAGUAGAGAAAAAAAAAAAAACAAGUUUGUUGAAAAAAAUAAAACACUUCAAAUUUAGUUUAGUACGAUUACUAAAAUAAUAAUGAUAAUAUAAUAAUAAUAAUAAUAAUAAUAAUAAUAAUAAUUUUCGUAGCAAUUAUCUGUCAUUAAGAACAGCCAGAAUAAAAUAACAAUAAAAAUUAAUUAAAUAUUUAUUCGUUCCGAAGCGAAUAUUCUGCGCCCACCACCUAUCUAUUGCAUAAGAAAAUGUAUGUCAAUUUCAUUUAAUUUGUGUACAUUACAUGAGUUUUAUUAUACUACACUGGAGCAAAGACGUUUAAAUCAAUUUUAAAUCUCUCGAAGCAAUUCAAUAUAUAUAUAUAUAUAUAUAUAUAUAUAUAGCGGAAUCUCCGUCACAUACUUCUGAUUUGGAAUGCAUAUGUUUGUAAUAGUUCGAUUUUGCAAAUUUGUUGGUGGGUUUUACGAGAAAAACAAAAUAAAUGCAUAAUUUCCCGAAAACACAAUAUAAUCAACACAUCACAUGUUUCGAUUUAAUAAAUAGUUGAAAUAAAAUUAAAUAUUUGAAACACUGAAAGGAUUUAUCAAAAUAUUUGGUUGAUGACAAAUGGAA